AUGGGAUUGCAUAUGCUUUUGCUGCAAUCCCACUUCUUUCUAGCGAUGCUGCUUAUUUUUGUCUCAAAAUCAGUUUCUACACAAAAUAAUUUCCCAAGAGCUAAAUGCACUGAUCAUUGUGGAGAUGUAAGUAUUCCCUUCCCUUUCGGUACAAGGGAAGGUUGUUACCUUAGUAAAACAUUCUUAGUCACUUGUAAUGACUCUCACUACGAUCCUCCUAAACCAUUCUUGGGACACUCAACCAUGGAAAUCAAAAAGAUAUCCCUGGAGGGUCAAUUGACCGUGUUGAAACUCAUAGCGAAAGCCUGUUAUGCUAGGAAUGGCACGAGAGUACUCGUUCACCACCCCUUUACACACUUCAAAGAAUUCACAGUCAGUAAUACCGCCAAUAAGUUCACUGUUGUUGGUUGUGAUACUUAUGCUUUUGUAUACGGGGAAUGGAUUAACCAGAAUUAUUACGAGACAGGGUGCACUUCCCGGUGUUUCAGCAAGGAUAAUCUGGAUGACGGGUCAUGUUCCGGUGUAGGAUGUUGCCAGACGUCUAUCCCAAAAGGGGUUAGCCAAGUUAAUUUGACGUUGAACAGCUAUGAUAAUUUCACAAAGAGCUAUGAUGGUAAUCGCACCACCGUCUGGGACUUCAAUAAUUGCAGCUAUGCAUUUCUUGCUGAGGAAAGUGCAUUCACUUUUUCUCCAAAUAAUCUUUCAACACUGAUGAAUGUACAGAAGCUUCCCAUGGUGGUUGACUGGGCAAUUGACAGAGGAACAUGUGAGGAGUCUCAGAAGAACAUGUCUAGUUAUGCAUGCAAAAGCGUGAAUUCCAGUUGUAUUGAAACUGAUAACGGGUAUCGUUGUUAUUGUUCAGAGGGUUAUGAAGGAAAUCCAUACCUCAGUGACAGUGAUGGUUGUAAAGGUAUUAAAGUUCGAUUUCCUGUGUAUUAUCUUGAAAUACAUCAUAUCAUUCUCUCAUAA